AUGAGAAGAGAAUACUUAUUCAAUAUGGAAUAAGAAAAAAAAGCCAAAUAAAAAUAUAAUUAAAAAAUGCAAAUAAAAAACGCAAUAAAUGCCAAUUAAUAAAUUCCAACCGAAUUAUAUAAAGAAUCGGAUAAAUUAAAAAAGGAAUUAUAAGCAAACGAUGAUAAUACAAUAAUUCCCAGAAAUCAUAUUGACGAUGAAUAUGCAAUGGCUUAAUAUCGUGAUCCAAUGAUAUUAAUAACGACUUCAAGAAGUCCUUCACCAAGACUAAUAAGUUUUUAAAAAGAAUUAGUCUCGUUUUUCCCUAAUAGUGAAAGAAUGAAUAGGGGUGCUACUGUAAUAAAAAACUUAGUUUAAUUUUGUAACUAAAAAAAUGUUACAGAUUUAGUAAUAGUUCAUGAGCAUCGUGGCGAACCUGAUGGUAUGAUAAUUUCUCAUUUUCCUUUAGGCCCUACAUUAUAUUUGGGAGUUAAAAAUUGUGUAUUAAGACAUGACAUUAAAAAUGCUAAAUUAGAUUCUAUAAGUUAAUAAAAUCCUCAUUUGAUUUUUCAUAAUUUUUCUACUGCGUUAGGAUAACGAAUAAUGAAUAUUUUCAAGCAUUUAUUCCCUAUACCUAAAAUAGAUUCUAAAAAAGUUAUUUCUUUUGCAAAUAAUAGCGACCUUAUUUCAGUUAGACAUUGUUUAUAUGAAAAAAGUGAUUAAAAUCGACUUAAUGAAGUUGUUUCUUUUGCAAAUAAUAGCGACCUUAUUUCAGUUAGACAUUGUUUAUAUGAAAAAAGUGAUUAUAAAACUGUCGAACUUAAUGAAUUGGGACCUAGAUUUGAAUUAAAACCAUACUAAAUCUCACUUGGAACUAUUGAUUAAACUGAAGCUACCAAAGAAUGGGUUUUAAGACCUUAUAUGAAUACUGCUACUAGAAGAUAAGCAUUUUGAAUAUAAAUAAAAU